AUGAACGAAUCCGUCAAAGAAUUACACGACGAUCUUGCCAGGAAAUACCGACAGCAUGGCAAGCGGGUCGAAGAAAUGUGGCGUUCGCUCAGUCAGGAACAACGCAAAAAGAUCAUGGAGGCUGGCUCUCAUGAUGGUGCUGUCCUGAAGCAUACUGAAGACACCGGCCUAGAGAAUGUCUACAAGUUCAUUCCCGAAUGGAAUCUACGUGACGUUACUUCACCAUCAUCAAACUUCUUCCUCGACAUGCUCAAGCACCGGGCAACUUCACCGCUGCAAACACAAUACACGACUGGCUUCAAUGGGCGACCAGGAGAUCAUGCGCACAUACUUGAUAUGAUGCAGAGAAAGAAUCUGAGACUAAAUGACGUCUCCCAAUAUAAGGAUUGUUAUACACUUUUCUUGACGGAAGACGGGUACGGCGAAUCAGUCAAGAUUCUUGCUGAGAAGCAAGAAGUUCUUGCGAACAUGAAACCAGCCAUGCAGGCCGGGUUUAUCGUACCCCAGGCCACCGGAGAGCUCAUUCUGAUGCGACAAAUAAACCUGCUGCAGCUUCUCAACAUUGCAAUCGAAGACAUCCUUGAUACUGCGUCCACCACUCGAGCUCGGACGGAGCAGCCAAAGGUCAAAGAGGAUACAACUGCAGCCCUGGCAAAGUUGUCAAUACACUCACCUCCGAAAAAGGUAGAGCUCGUGGAUCUCGUAGACAUGGCGAAAGACCGCCUGUCGUCUUGCGAGGAUCUGGUUGCUCUUAUUUCGACUGAGCCCACAGUUCUAACUCAUGAAGUCAACUUUUCUUUCUUCAGCCGACCGGAGCUGGUCGCCGAUGAGAAAGGACGCAUGCUACCUGUGCAUACUGACAAAUACAUUAGCGGUGCUGUGCUGGAGGCGGUCCAUGGCGCAGUGAAGAUUGCUGCUACAUGGUAUUACAUUGGCCGUCUCGUGGGUCUGCUGAAGGAGUCAACAGACAAGCAGUUCAAAGCGGUUGUUCUCAAAGAGCUCUCAAACACCUGCCACUUGGAGUAUCUGCGCGCUCAGACUAGUUUCAAGCGCAGCCUAGCUGUUGGUAUGGGCGGCAGUAAAUGGUUCAAGCGCACGUCGACAAAUGACAUCGCGCGCCUCUCAUUGAAACGAAAUCCCGAGUCUUUGACGGCAGAGAACCCCCAACUACAUUACAUGCUUCGACUUUGUCAGGAUGAGACCAACUGGUCAAAUGCUACACAAUGGCUUCAAAAGCUAGCGGACCUCCACCGAGCCCAUCCACUGGAGCAAGACAACCUUUCAGAACGAGAGUAUGACUCUCUGGGCGACCUUGCGAUGAUAAUUACCUUCAUCCAGUCUCUUUCCUCAGUCGCGCAGUUGCCUACGCCUAAUCACAAGAAGAAACAACCAUUUGUAUCUGGCUACAGAGCUUUAGACAAAGAGUUCAGAGAGAUGAAAAAUGGUCUGGACCUCAGUGACUUCGCCAUUCCAAUCGACAACUUGCUCGAACCAGGCAUGGCUGAAGGCACUCUUGGAAGACUCGAUGAGUACAUCGUAGAGAAGACCGGCACGAAGCUUGGUUUUCUCUAUGAAGAUCUAGUUGAAAGCUGUGUGUCCAACAUCCAUGAGCAGCACGAAGCACAGAAGGCUAAGUCUAAAGUUCCAACUCAAGACACGAUGCUAGCAGCUCCCGAGAGCUCAGAAUCGCCUGUCCAGCAGCGCAAACAGAAGGAAAAGACGCGACCAAGUCAAGCUUCAAUAUACGAGAUCACACCACAAAGCGCCAAAGACGACCCGCCCGUUCAAUCAAUAGAAACUUUCAAGGUCAAACCCUCCACUGCUGACGUCUUUUUAUCGUUAUUCUCGAGAUCGUCUACAGCUCGUAGCCCAGUUCGAUGGGAACCCUUUGUAGCUGCCAUGAAUGACUUGGGCUUCUCAUGUGAACCCAAGCUUGGCUCGAUAUACACGUUUGUCCCUUCGGAUAAGACAGUAGUGCGCAGGGGUAUAACAUUGCAUCGGCCGCACCAGGGAAUCAUUGAAGGACGGCUUCUUUUGGUCUUCUCUGGACGACUGAGAAGAGUAUAUGGCUGGAAUAGCUCAACAUUUGAGGCAGCGUAG